CGCCGCGCUGCGCCCGCCGCGCUCCGCCGCUGCCAGGGUGAAGCGACUCAGCUGCCCUAGCUUGUCAGAGGAUGUUUAACUGACAGCCCGAUUAGACCACACCAUGGAGAAGACAGAUGCAAAGGGCCAGCCACCCAAACCCAAUGGGGAGAGGGAGCAGCCCCGCGGCCUCCCCUACACCGUGGAGACGCCCUACGGCUUUCACUUGGACCUGGACUUCCUGAAGUACGUGGACGACAUCGAGAAAGGGAACACCAUCAGAAGGGUUCACAUCCACCGGAAAGCCAAGCAGCCGAAAUUCAGCACCCUGCCCCGAAACUUCAGCCUGCCGGAGAACGGCUCCCGUGGAUGCACGUCUGCUCCCAGCAAGAGCUGGACGGCAGCCUGCUCCUUCCCCCCGCGAAAGGCAUCCCUGGGGGCGGAGGAGACCCCCCGGCCCCUCCUGCCCAACGAGCUGACCCUUCCCGUGGCCGACGAGCCGAGUUACCGGAGGAGAGCGCUGUUGGCGGAGACGCGGCGGCAGGCGGAGCUGGGGUGGCAGGAGGGCGAGCUCCGGGGACGGCCGCAGCUGCUGCGAGCCUCCAGCCUGCCCGCCGCGCUGCUGCCCGGCCAGCCCCCGCCGGGGGACGGACGGGUGCCCUCGCCCCUCCGGCCACCUCCCCAGCACUGCCAUGACCAGAGCGGCUCCGAAAGCACGUUCCGCCCCGCGCCGCGUUCGCCCGGCUCCGACGGCGUCGUGUUAAAUCUCCCCCGGGAGAUGAGCUUGGAGCAAGAUGUGUCCUUGGGGCAGAAGGAGCAUCCGGGUGGAGGCAGCCCGCGGCUGGUGCAGGUGCAGCCCCCGUGGCAGAGCCAGCAUCCCGCGGCACCGCAGCUGCAGGUGGUGAUGGAGAGCGGAGGCGAGGAGGGCGAUGCCACCGACGCCAGCGGUCGCUCCGCCUUGGCCGGGGGUGAACCAGCAUCGCUGGCUGCCCUCCAGCUCGCAGAGGAGAACACGAACCCUGGGGAGAGGGAGUUAAGUGUGAGUGAAAUCGCUCCGAAUGUGCUGAAGAAAGCUGAGGAGGGGAGUGUCCGGGCUGGAGAGAACACGGAGAGCUGUGGUCCUCAGCCUCGUGAUGCCGGAGAGGCCGGCGGGGUUGCUGCGCUGAAGCAGCAGAUUGCUGCUCUGGAGGAGCAGCUGAGCAAGAAGAAAGAAGAGCUCGAGCAGAUCAGGGCAGUGCUGGAGCAGCAGGAUCAUGAGAUCAAGGAGAAGGAGAAAAGCAUUAAGUUACUGGCCAGCUCCAAAGCUCAGCUGGAAGAGGAGCUGUGCCGGGAAAACGCCACAGAGGCCAAGCCACUGUCCAGGCGGAGCGGCGGGGCUUUGCAGUGCUACGACGCUGCGGUGAACACCGACCUCUCGCAGGUAACCGGGGCCAAGCAAGCCCAUGAUAAAGGCAUCAACGUAAAUAUCCCGCUCUCCACCAAAUCCAUAGGAUGCAGCGUCCACAGAACAGACAACGUGAAUGUGCAGGUGAUGGAGCUGGGCGCUCGGAGAGAUCAGGGACUGGCAGAUGCUUGCACCGGACCCGGACACUUUGGUGAAGCCGACGUUGGGGCUGGCCUUCAUGCACCGUGCUUCACCCAGCUGAAGUUUGAUGAGCACCUCAGCGAUGACAAUCAAAAUCACAGGAAUAACUACGACACGCAGAGUCUCGCUGCUCACGCAGUGACUGCAGAAAGCUAUCGAGGAACAAGAAUUGGCUCAAACGCAGGAGAAAACGAGGCAGGCUUUGGCGACGAUAAACCUCGAGAUGGGCUGGAAGAGGAAGGUCCCCCUGACCACGAGGAUCUCCCCGCUGUUGCCCCCAUCGGCCAAUACGUAAAAAAAAUCCAGGAGCUUUUGCAGGAGCAGUGGCUGUGUUUGGAGCACGGCUACCCUGAGUUAGCAAGCGCUAUUAAACAGCCGGCCUCCAAGCUCAGCUCUAUUCAGAACCAAUUAGUUAAUUCCUUAAACUCGUUGCUGUCUGCCUACUCUUCGCAAGGGCCCGCAGAUAAGGAGAAUUCGAACACACACUAUCAACAGUUGGAAAUCUCUCCAACCACAAGUCUUAAAUCUAUCAUGAAAAAGAAAGGUUAUGGUUUCCAUGCAGGAGGCAAUGGGACCAAAAAGAAUCUUCAGUUUGUUGGGGUAAACGGUGGCUACGAAACGACUUCAAGCGAAGACACAAGUUGCGAAGACAGCCCAUCGGAUGGGGAUGUGGAGAGCGAGAUGGAAAGGAGAGCUGAUGAUUUGGAGCCCACGCAGGCAAAAGCUGGUGGUGAAAGUGAGGGGGCUUCAUCGGGGACCUACUCGCGGGAGAGAUGUGAAGACGACGCCCCACAGGAGCCAGCGGCAGAAGCAGCACCUUGCACUCAGCACAAGGCUGACAGAUGCAAACCCUCUGAAGAUUUCCUUGCCGACUGCCAGCUACUCAGCAAGCACCUCUCAGAAAUUAGGACCACAAGCGACAAGCAUCUGCGGCAUGUCCUGAGCACCGUCUGCCAGGAGUGGUUCCAGGUGUCGAGCCGCAAGUCUUCCAGCCCGGAGGUGGUUGCAGCGUAUCUCAAGGCGCUGGGGGCCAUCCAGCCCCAGCUCCUGGCAAUGGUGGUGAACCUGGCUGACAGGAAUGGCAACACAGCUCUUCACUACAGCGUUUCCCACUCCAACUUCCCGAUUGCAAAGCUCCUGCUAGACACAGGCAUGUGCCACCUGGACCUGCAGAACCGCGCCGGCUACACGGCGGUGAUGCUCACCCCGCUGGCAGCCGCCGAGACGGGAGAGGACAUGGAGGUGGUGAUGAAGCUGCUGAAGGAGGGGGAUGUCAACCUGCGAGCCGCCCAGGGAGGCCAGACCGCCCUGAUGCUGGGGGUCAGCCAUGAGCGGGACGACAUGGUGCGAGCCCUCCUCUCCUGCCAGGCCGACGUCAACCUGCAGGACGAGGAGGGGACGACGGCCCUGAUGGUGGCCUGCCGGCUGGGCAACGCCGACAUCGUCAGGCUCCUCUUGGCCCAGCCCGGCUGCCAGGUCGCGCUGACGGACAAGGGCGGUAACUCGGCCCUGUCGCUGGCCCAGGGCGCUGCCCGGGGGGACAUCGCAGCGCUCCUGCGAGCCCACGCCGAGCACAGCCCGUCCCUCUCUGCGUGA